ACCAUCGAAAAUGGACGUACAACCUCCGCCUUUACGGACACUGGACGACUUUGUGUUGAGCUCUGCGCGUUUCUCUUUCCCAGAUAUCCGUAAUCUAGAGCGAUGGAACAACCGAAUAAUCAACAACCUUCUGUAUUACCAGACUAAUUAUUUUCUCUCCUUCCUGGGAUUCCUUGUCCUUAUCGGGUAUUUCCAGCCCCUCCAGAUGUUCCUGGGAGCGACGGUGGUCACUCUGCUGUUCCUGGGCUUCGUGUGGGCGGCGGAGAACCAGUGUGUGGUGCGGCGCUUCCGGCGUAACCACCCCUCCCUCUCGCUGGUGGCCAUCCUGGGGGGCAGCUACCUGCUGCUGUCUGUCAUUGGGGGGGUGGCUGUCUUCCUGUUUGGCAUAGCGUUCCCUAUGCUGGCCAUCCUGCUGCACGCCUCCAUGCGGCUGCGGAGCCUGAAGAACAAGCUGGAGAACAAGCUGGAGAGCAUCGGCCUGAAGAGGACGCCCAUGGGGCUGCUGCUGGAGGCCCUGGGGCUGGAACAGGAGGCAGGCUCAUAAUCAUAAUCACACACACACACACACAUUAAUAUAUAUACAUUACACACACACACACACACACACACGCAUACACGCGCACAUGCACACAUUACACACACACACACAUACACGCACACAUUACACACACACACACACACACAUACACGCACACAUUACACACACACACACACAUACACGCACACAUUACACACACACACACACACACACACUCACACACACUAAGACAUGAAUAGCCUAUUCACUGGCCAUUGCAUUAGCCUUGUGAUUCGCAUAAAUCACUCAAGUCACAAAGAUCUGCGGUGGGGAGUGGGGGCAAUAAGGCAUCUAUUAAUAAACUUGUGUAUAAUGCAAUUUUAUUUUAUUUUGGAUCGGUAUGGCGUGGCAGGGUGGGGGGUAUCACUCUGACUGUUAUGUGUUGACCUACUGACAAUAGAGUCAGUAGCAGUUUUCAGCCUUUUGACCUUUGUGACUUCUGUGGUUUGUGCACAAGCAUUUUUUUUGUCUUUAGAAGUAGCAAUCGUAGAGGGAGUGGAAAGGAUUUGUUGUUCUUUUUUUGUGAGAAGUGACUGCGUCAUUGGGGAACAGACUCCUGGCAGUGGGAACAGGAGGGUGUGGAUGUGGUGGGGGAAUUCUCUGGAUGCCAGGAAACGAAAGUGAUGGGGGGUCGAUGGGUUGAUUGCCAAACAGAACAGUGUGAGUUGGAAGUGUAGUGCAAGAGGUAUGUAUUCAGGUGUAUGGGACAAGUCAACUUUAUUGCCUAUAUCAACAUACAGAGGUCGAGUGUGUACUCUGACCAGCUUAAUGAAAUACAUUUUUGCCUUUUUAUUUUUUAUUUUUUGUACUGAACAUUUUGCACACCCUUCCAAACUCGUAAGGCAGAGCAGCACUAUGUAGUUUAACAUUACACUCCAGGACCAAUCACAGUGACACUUGGUUGCCAUAGAAACUUCUUGACAUAGAGCCAAUAAGCUGAUUUAAAAUUCCUUUCGUUAUAAUGGAUUAUUAAUAGUGCUUCAUAAUAAAAUGGCCAAUCUUUGCACAGGGACUGAUCACCAUGUAGUUGCUAUUUCAGACAGAAGCUUCAUGUUAGCUGCCUGAAGUGUCUUAAUUUAUAUGGACUCCAUGGACCGAUUGUAAUGCUCAUGUUCAUUUUACGCCAAUCUUUCAAAAGUCUCCAAAGUGAGCACAAAUGUUCUCACUAAUUUAUUUAUUGUUAGUGGAUGGUGGUGUGCUUUAAGGACAACCAAUAUGCCCCUUUAGUCAAGUCCUACAACACAACCCUGCAGUUUGCCCAUGAAGGGAUCGAUAGAAGGAACUUUUUUUUUUACUUUACUACAAAGAAGUUUGUUUGCAGUAUUUGCAAGGUUACAGUUUGAAGUGAAAUUAAAUUUCAUGAAGGAUUUUUAACCACUUACAAAAUCAGGAAUCUGCAUUUUUGUGUGGAUGUCUAUUUUGUCGAAAGCCAGGAACUCUAAUGUCUGCCUUUAUUGUGUAAACUUUGUUUUUGAUCAGUUUGUGUUCACUGUGUUUCUUGUGUUUCAACUGUAUGUGGCCUUCAGUUUACUGUUCAUUGUGUUGAAAUGUACUGCUAAGAUGAAGAUAAAACAUGCGCAGUAAGCAUGCAUUAUAAAAAAUAUAAUUAUGAAAACCUUUGUA